GCGGGUACCAAGUGGGCCAACGGCGCCGCUGAGACCAUUACCUGGAUGUAAGUACCAGUAGACACUCACGCCCCAGCUCCACAUGCCUGUCCUGCCAUCGCACCCCGCACGUUCUGCAAUUGCUCCAUCACGGCAAUAAAUGUCGUUUGGGGGAAUGCACUUGCGUAUCAAUGCAUGCUGGCUGCAUGCUCGCUUUCCAUGUAUACAAAAUCGUUUGCGAACAGGUUUGCUUUUGGCAGCUUCCAUUUUUGGUUCUCCCUCCCCUCCCUGGCUGCUUCAAGGUGCCAUCCAGGCCUGGACUCCCAAGGACGUGUGUGGUGCUAUCUCAAUGACACGGGUGCCAGUGGAACGCGGUAUUAAAUAUUGUGUCACCUUUCCUCAGAGCGCGUUCCAAUUGUCUGUCUGUCUGUCUUGUCCGAUGGGUCAUGCCAUGCACCGCAGCUUCGUUCCCGACGGUGCCUGCGCUUUAUUGCCCAAUUUUGGAGCCAGCAUUGUCUCCAGUGGGCCUCGCUCUGCCGGUUGUGCAUGCUUGUUUCCAGCGUACUGGAAACACAGGCCCUCUUUCCAUUGAUUCCUCGGAAUAUGCCAUUCCUGCGCAUGUGAGCACUAUUUGUGUUUAACCACGUUCAAUUCUGUGGGCACUAACAAUGGCCCCCACUGAAUGUUUGUUUGGCGGCAAUUCUGUAGUUCCGACGACAGCACUGCUCUGACCGGCACUGUGACUGUCCAGCUGAUGAGCGGCUCUGAUCCCAACAACCUCUCUCUGGUCGACACCAUCGCCACUGGCCUCGCUGCCUCGGCUGGCAAGGUCUCGUACACCCCUGCGACCACCCUGCCCUUCGG